AUGGAUUUAUUCAAUGGCAAUUUUGGUUCAUUCGUUAUUGGUAUAAACUGUGGAGGAGGAGAGAGUUUGUGGGGAAUGUGGGUGAACGAAUCUGUUUGUGAGGAAAGGGAAUUAGAAAGGGAAUCGAAUCCUAGAAAAGAAAACGUCCGCGGGUUACGUUUGGUAAAUUAUGUGAAUUUAGAUUCAGCGCCGAAAGUGAAAUAUUCACGUUUUCGACAUAUUUUUGCGAAAAGUGUUCGACGUAGUGAAUGGUAUGAUGCAGGUCCAGGACAUGGGCUUGCAGUUGCUGCAAAUCCAAAAAUGAUUGCAUUAGCAGUUGAUGUACCUGCCGGUGGUAUUAUACAAGUCGCCAAAUUAAUGUCAAUGGGUCGAGGAAAUAUGCAAAUGGGUAAAAUUAAAGAGCAUGAGGGCCCAGUUUGUGAUGUUAAAUGGGAUCCGUUCAAUGACAAUGUUCUAGCAACAGCAUCGCAUGAUGCAACGGUUCGAAUUUGGCAUAUUGAUGACAAUAUUAGAAUUCGAUGUUUACGAAUUUUGCGUAUCCAUUCUCGAAGAGUUCAUACAAUUGAAUGGCAUUCAACUGUCGAUAAUGCCAUUAUAUCAGCAUCAAUGGAUGGUCGAAUUGUGAUGUGGAAUAUUGAAAGUGAUCAGAUAGUGUAUGUUAUCGAAGGCUGUUAUGCGCAUUCAUUUGCUUUGAGUUAUAAUUGCUCAGAAUUGGCUGUUACUACAAAAGCUCGGGAACUGAUUAUAUUUGAUGCUCGAACAGGAAUGAAAUUGCGCGAAACUGAAGUGGUUCAUGAUGGUAUUAUGCCAUCGCGAAUUGUUUAUUUUGACAAUGGCUUGGAAAACAAGUUACUGUUAACGACUGGAAGUUGCCGUAAUUCACGGCGACAAAUAGCGGUUUAUGAUUCGAAAAAAUUGGCUAAGCCUCUUUCUGUCAUUGACGUUGAUUCUGGCUCUGGUCUAUUAAUGCCAAUCGUCGAUAAUGAUCUCAAUUUAUUUUACGUUGCCGGCAAGGGCGAUUCAAAUAUACGAUUUUAUGAGCUUAAUGAUGAACCACCAUUUUUGACCUAUUUGAAUGAAUCUUCAAGCCAUAAGGCUCAUACAGCUGUUUGUGCCCUACCGAAACGUGGCUUGGAUGUAUUAAAGUGUGAAAUAAUGCGCAUCUAUAGAGUGGAUGCUGAGCAACUCGUCAUUGAACCUCUUUCUUUCAUCGUACCAAGAAAGGCUGACAGUUUUCAAGUUGAUUUAUAUCCGGCCACCCGCUCGCCAACCCCUUCUUUAACAUUUCGCGAAUGGCUUGCUGGUUUGGAUCGACAACCAGUUUUAAUCGAAUUGCGAGACUGUAUGCUGAAUUGUACCAACAAACCUGUUAUUUUUAAAGACUCUACCAAGCAUGCUUCGAAGCUUAUAACGGCAGACAUCAAUAAUGAUCGCAAAUUUCGAUUUCUUUCUCAAGUAACAAAACCUGAUUAUCGUGAAAUUAGCGAUAGAGAGGAUCGUGAAGAACUGCAAAAACUGGAAGAGAUUAGAUCUAAAAUUGCGGCUGAAUUGGAUGCUAAUAAAUCAGAAGUUUUUAGUGAUGAGACUAGAAUAGAAAGCGAACCCGAUUUUUUCAAAAGUGCAUCACAGUUUCCAUCUGGUGAAAAUUUAGAUUUGGAAAAAAUGUCGAUAAAUAUGGAGAUAGAGAAAAAUGCAUGUCUACAGAAUGAUGCAGUUUCUACUAAAUAUUGUGGCGCUAGUUUUUCUUUAUCAGAUGAUAUCAUUGUCAAAUCGAAGAAAGAACAACUGCAAAAUGAAAGAAAAAAUGCAAUCAGUGCUCCGAAUUCGACAAGAGAAUUCAAAAAAGCAGAAUUAAACGGCCACAGUUUAAGUAUAUGCAGCAAAAAGGUGCAAAAAACAGGCAAAGAAAGUCCAAGAAAAUGGAACGGCUUCUCUGAAGAAACUUUUACUAAUGUUGUAUUAGAGCUGGAAAAGGAAUUAUAUAAAUGUAGAAUUCAUUGCGAAAAACUGGAGAAGAUAAUACGCUUGCAGCAGGAAGAUAUCGAUAGUUUACGUUAUGAAAUUAAUUGGAAAGAUGAUCGCAUUGAAUUUCUUCAGUCACAGCUGAUCGAGUUGAAUAAUGCCCAGUCAAAGAAUCCCAAAGAAUCAUAA